CACACUCGCCAUCGUUUGCCAGAGUGUAAGCGCGGGAGAAACAACCGCCGCUCGGGAGCAAACGGCCCAAUCGGUCCGAAUUUCGCUCUGCAAACGAACUGGCGCCGCGCCGUACGGCGUGGCACGCGAACCAAACCGUUUCGGGCGCAUACCGUCUUCAGUUCGAUUUCAGUGACGUUCAGCUGCGGUUCGUCGUCGAGCGGUCGAGCGGACGUGAAAAAGGACGAGUUACUGACAAAAAGAAAAUCUACACACGCACGCACACACAAACACAACACGGCGUAUGCAUAGGUGCAUACAUAACGUCGGCGGACAACUCUCGGACCGCGGCCAAGUGAUUGAGGUGUAAACGUUGUAAUUCUGGAAGCCUGUGUUUCGCAAAGCAAAAGAACGCAGUACAAGCGGAGAAAAGGUGUGAAGUGAAUGGGAAUGAAAACAGCCUGCGUGGGUAUGUGAUAAAGUGUUUGUGUGUAAUGUGUGUGUGUAUGUGCGGGAGUGAAGUGUGUUGCUACCAGCUGAUACGCUGAUUGCGCUGCCACACACAUACGCACAUUGAGAUGAAACGAGGAUCGAUCGCGUUCACGCAAAAAUGGCUGCAUCCUUUAAUUAUGAGAGUAAAGUGAAAUACAGCGGAUAAUCCAAAACAAGUAUCGCGCGCGCGUGUGUGUGUUUGUGUGUAUUACGAAAUAGAAAAUUCCAGUAGAAAGGUCGGUGAGGUGUUUGUGAAACAAUCCAGCGAGAUCAACUGGGCGACGAAACGAUAAAAGGGGGUUGAUUGGAUGGUUGGUUUGGAAUUUCCAUUUAAGUGCGCACGGGGAAUCGGCAACACUGUGCGACGCCAUGUGAGAGCUUAUGUGAGUUUAGCACAGCGGUGUGUUGUUGCACGGCGUGCAUAAAAAUCGUGUAUCGUGUUCGCUGUUCCGGGUGAAGAUUAUUCACUGCUCAUCAACCGUUGAUCUCUGUGCGGUAGAAGAGUUUGGGGAGAGAAGAAAUUGUUUCACUUGUGAUUUUUCUCCAGCAGUGUAAUUAGUGUAACGGUCUGGUGCGGUGAAGGUAACUGGAGUGUGUGAACGACCUGCCACACCCUGUUACCCGCUGUAUAGUCCGGGAAGGGGCGCCAUUGUGCGAAGGAUAGUGUGAAGGUGAAUAAAAUAAUCUAAUCAAAUAUUCAACAAUUAUCGACCAAAAAAGGGCCCGCCAGACCCGACUCCAAGACAACUGGCGAGUGCGUGUGUAUGAGUGCGUUUGUUUGUGUGUGUAUCUGUGUGCUUCCGCUGUUUGUUGGCGAUGUGCGUGCGUACGAGAUGAACGAGCUAAGGUAGUAAAUGUAAAAAAAGAAACACACAACGUACAAACUGUACACGACUGUGCAGCCGUUUAUUCCUACAACACCACAACGAAAAGGAUUUUCCUCAACCUUCAAGCAGUGAAAUAAAACAAAACAACAAGGUGAUUUCCUUCGACCUCUUCUAACAAGAAUCCUUGCAAGCUCACCAAAACCACGAUUUGAAAUCCCCCGAAUGGCGCACGAUACGGACCGCCAGCAAGGACGGAACGUUUUCGUGAAAUGACGUUCGUCCUCAAAAUGCCCCCAAGUCCUGGCCGAAGGACCAGUUCAUGGUUCAGAAGUGAAUAUCCAACGUAUCAGAGCGGUAAGGGGCCAAGCCGAGGGACAUUCCAGUGGACGGAGGUUAGGUCCUCGAGCCGGAUCCAACACAAAUCAGCCCUUUUCGUAAUUGACAAAGGAAUACGAGACUACGGCAAGGAUCGCUAAGCGAACCUGGAAUAAAGCCAACAAACAACAAUAACUACAACAAUAUUAACAAAAAAGAAGUCAAACCUUGAGCACGAACCGUUUAAUACCACUGUUCUCCAUAAUCAUCGAGUGCAGUUUGUCAAUAUGUGACAAAAGCUAUGAAAAUACUACAAAAUAAAAGAAAUCAUCUUAAACGAUCCUCGACACGACUCUUCCUAUUCUGCGAAUCAAGGGUUCUGCUUUCGGGUGUGAAAAUAAUUAAAUACCAUCGUGUCGCGACUGUCAUUUAAUUGUCUACAGUUUGGCGAACGAAAAGAAGUGACAUAACACUGGAAAGCGAGCCAAUGAUAAAAAUCUUCACACACGGUUUCACUUGGUACAGAUGCUUUCGUGCUAGUGGCAAACAAAAGAAUAUCACUCCAUCUAGAGCUGCAUUGGCGUGGUAAAGGUGAACUGGGUGGCUAGGUGAACCAUAAACUCUUCGAAAGGCGCGACUACACACCGUUAGAACACACAGCCGUAAAGACAUAUACGAUCCAAAUUAAACUACAUAAAAUUCCAGCAACAUCACACGGUGGCAGGAGCCGGUGAAGUGUAUGAAAGGAAUAUAUCAACACGGCGGAUUGUGAUCCCUUCCCGAGUUUGGUUCUUCAGUCUAUACCUCUGUCUAUCUAUCUCUCUCUCUAGCUCACAGUCACAUACACUAUCGACAUUCCUCUCGGUUUUGCAGGCUUACCGAAAGAG